CAUUUACACAAGAAGUUCCUACAACGAGGUGCUUGUCAGCUGCCCUUCCCCAGAUCCCGAAUGCAACCCUGGCCAGGUGGCACAGAGGACAGUCACUCUGCUGGUCAUGCUGAGCUCAUACUCUAAUGGCUGUUCCAUGAGGUCAAGACUGGGGUCCCUCCCUUCUCCCACUUUACCAAUGCCUGGUCUCAUGGGGUUAGUUUGGACCCCACCACGAUGGCAUCAUCAACCUCCUCCCCGGCUCCUGGCUCCAGGUCCAAGAAGCCUCUGGGCAAGAUGGCUGAACCAUUCAGAGGAAGGAGAUAAGCAGAGCAGAGAGAGAGGACAAAUCCACUUCCAGAACACCAGACUUUGUGUCCUGAUCAAAAGCUGGAGAGGCUGAGUUGAAAUCAUUUGGAGUACUCAACAAUAUGCCAGAUAUGGCAUUAUUUCCUCUAACCUUCAACAACAACUGAAAUGAACCCAUUUUCCAGAUAAGGAAGUGGAAGCAUUGACUGGCUUGUUUAAAGUCAUCCAGAAAGCAAGCGGUCCACAAUCAAAUCUAUGGGGCCCUCCAAAGUGUGGUUUGGAAUCAAUCAGUGCUAAGGCGGAUUCUCAACCAUUGGGCCACCCGGGAAGUUCAAACAACCAGUUUUUAUGUAUUCCCCAAACCUUUGAAGACAAGGGGAAGUUUGGGGCAAGUCCUGAGGGAUGGACACAGUGCACAGAACAGCUGGUGUGAGAAGACUGGUUCAGGCAGGCCCUGGCGAGGAAGCCCACGAAGAUGCCCGUCUCCCCAGAAAGCGCCCUCAGUGACGUUUCACACCCGAGCUCACCGGACAGCCCCCCAUCCCUGGGCUCCAGCUCAGAGGUGUCUCCCAUCCCUGCACCUUCGCACGGGGGCGCUGACGGUGGCGGCGGCAGCAGCAGCGGCAGCAGCAGCGGCGGCCGCUGGAGCAAGGACUAUGAUGUAUGCGUGUGCCACAGCGAGGAGGACCUGGCGGCCGCCCAGGAGCUGGUCUCCUACCUGGAGGGCGGCGCCGCCAGCCUGCGCUGCUUCUUGCAGCUUCGCGACGCCACCCCCGGCGGCGCCAUCGUGUCCGAGCUGUGCCACGCGCUGAGCAGCAGCCACUGCCGCGUGCUGCUCAUUACCCCCGGCUUCCUCCGGGACCCGUGGUGCAGGUAUCAGAUGCUGCAGGCGCUGAGCGAGGCCCCAGGGGCCGAGGGCCGCACCAUCCCCCUGAUGUCCGGCCUCAGCAGAGCCGCCUACCCCGCCGAGCUCCGAUACAUGUACUUCGUGGACGGCCGCGGUCCCGAAGGUGGCUUCCGCCAAGUCAAGGAGGCUGUCAUGCGGUACCUGCAGACCCUUGGCUGACGCUUGAUCCAUCACCACAGCACCCAGAAAGUUGGAGCAAAGUGGGAAAUGGAGUUAGAGGGCCCAGGGCCUGGGAUUUCAGCAGACACACUGAGUUGUAAGGAGUGAGUUUGCAGGACACUGUAUAUGACCCAGGGAUCAGACUGUCUGUGGCCUCCAUAUCCGUGGGCUCUCAGGAAGGACCCAGGGAAGUUGGGGAGUCCCCCCAGGAAGGCCUGGAGAGGCUGGGGACUCCCCCAGGAAGGCCUGGGGAGACUGGGGACUUCCCCAAGAAGGCCUGGGGAGACUGGGGAUCCCCCAGGAAGGCCUGGAAGAGCCAGAAAGUGGAGGUAGGAGGAAGUGCUGAUACCAAGAUAUGGCCCACGUGAUGCUGCCUGCAUGACUGGACAUGAAGCCUGGCAGGUCGUGUCUGUGUCUUCAUCCCCUGGAAUUGGGCACUGGUGUUGAGGUGCAUUCCUCUUGAAGAGGUGGCUCACCUGAGUAAGGAGCUGGAAUCCUGGACCACUUGCCUCAGCUGCAUGGUUUUCCGCGGUGCUGGGGGAAGCCCUGAGCAGGCGUCAGGAGAAAGCAACAGGUAUGGUGUCUUUCACACUCACACUCCUGCCGGGGUCUCCCUGUGACGUCAUUCACAUCUGAAAGGCACGAGGAAGAUGCCCUCAGCACUGUUGUUUGUUUCCACUGCACACCUGUCUUUCGAGACCCACUCCUAGAGACCAUUCAGAAGAGACAGGAGAGAGCAGGGAGCAGGCGGGGCGAAGAGAAGGGAAACUCAGACCUUUUAGCUGGGAUCAAAAGCCCACUCAUCGAUGCACCGACACAGGGGCUUCAUCAGGGGUCUGGCCAGAACUCAUGCUUUCUCAUGCAGAGAGCUCCUCACCUCUGCACUCAGAGGAAUCAGCAUAUUCCUCUGGAGGAUGGUAUGUUUUCAAUAAAACUUGUUGAGCUGAAAUGAA